GGUACAGCAUUGGGUACCAUUGUGCAUCUCUGGCUGUCUGUUAGUAAGCUGAGGGAUGCCUGUGGAAAAAAAGUAGAAGGUGAAGAAAUUUGAGAGAUGAGACUUGAAAAUAGGUUCAAAUCGUUCUCAUUUUAGAGUAUUUCUUUUAUUUGCAACUUUUAGAUGUGUGUUUGGAAAACAGUAAUUGUAAAGAAGCUUAGUAUUGAGAGUCUAUACGAGUCCAGCAAAGGAAGGAGCUAAGGUUAGAAGGCUGCCUAUUAAAAAGAAAAGAACAGCAAUCAGAAAGAAAAAACUGAAGAAUCUUCUCACCUUUCAUUCUACAGGUGUAUUUAUAGGACACAGCAAUGGACACUUGGUCAGUUGAUCAGGUCUGCAGUUGGUUGGUGGAGAAAAACUUAGGAGAGCUAGUUCAUCGGUUUCAAGAGGAAGAGGUAAGCGGGGCCGCUCUUCUGGCGCUUAAUGACCGGAUGGUUCAGCAACUAGUAAAGAAAAUUGGACAUCAGGCUGUUCUGAUGGAUUUAAUUAAGAAACACAAGCAGAAGAGUCAAGGACUGAAGUCCCCUGGAAGCCCUAGAGAAACAACCCUGGUCACACAAGCAGAAGUGAGCCCAGAGAAUGAGCAGUCCUCCCGUCCAGCCAACCACGGGGAGCAGAUGCCAUCUUUCCAUCCAACUGAAAACCUUGAUAAUGGACUAAUUGACCAAAGAGUACUGAAACAAAGAAGGAAUGCGAAACAUGUUCGAGCAAGGAAUAAAGCAUUACAAUGGAUUAAGUCCUAUGUUUUACCAGAGUUUCCCUAUGAUGUCAAAUGCAUGUUAGCAGAACAGAAGUGUCCAGAUCACAGCAUGAGGAUAAGGAUCAUUGAGUUUCUCCAGGCCGACAUGACUAAGUAUCUGGAAGGCUCCCUGUAUCCCACCACCCAGCAGUAUAACGAUGUGGUCAACGCCCUGCUGCAGGCCCACCCUUUCCUGGAGGAGGAUGGCUGUAGCUUUUUUUUAUGGAAACGUGCCCUCAAAGAUCGCUUUAAAUAUGUUCGACGACCCAUAGAAGACGAUGAGCAAGUGAUGAGAAAUAAGUGCAAGUUCGGACACCGAAGAGGCCAGACAAAGAAAUCUCUUGCUGAUAUAAGAUUUGAUGAGAUUAAAAUUGUCCAGAUAAAAGAUGAAACUGUUUGUUUAGAUUCUGAAGUAGACAAUGAUAUUAACUGGUUACAGCAAGAAUAUGUGAAAAGAGAAAAGGACUGGAGAGAAAUUGAUAAGAGGAUGAGCCAGACACUGGAAAUAAGAAGAAAGUUGAUUGGCAGCAGAACACCUCUGAAGGACAUUCUUAAAAUGUUUCCUUUCUUGAAGUGCCCUUACCAGCUGUUCAGAGAAUUCCAACUUCUUACGAGGAUAGAUAUUUAUAAGAAAACAAGGCACAUUUUGGAAUCCUAUUCAGAGACUAUACUGACUUCUUUUUCAGUGGUGGACAAUCCAAUCAACAUUGCAUUGCAAGAAAAAAUGAAACGGCACACAGAUGAGGACAUGUUGAAACAUAUGAAGAUGACAGCCACGUGUUUACUUCUACCAGAUGUUUUUGGGGACGAUCCCAGCCUUUUUGUCAUUGUGAAUGAGAAGGUGCAAGUGUCCACACCCGUGUUAGAAGUUAAGAAUCCUUUCAACAUCGAUGACUGUGAAUUUUCUUUGUAUUUAGAAAAAGAGAGGCUCGCAAUGGUGGAGGACUGUGUUACAGCCAUGGCUGCCCUCCUAGCUGCCUUUCCUGUAUUUGGGAUUGAGUGUCCAAGAAGACUAUCCCAAACCCUCAACUUCCUGGACACACUGAUUUUUGAUAUGCACAGUCCCUGUUUUCCUUGUAUGAAAGAAAAGGAAAAGGAAGUUGGGUUUCAACACCUCGCCACUUAAUAGUAUAUCAGAACUGACCCCUGGGACAACUGAAACUUUGUCAACAAUUGUUUUGAUUUAGGGUCAUAGAGAUAGGUAUUAGAAAAUCAUCUUGUCUCAAAGAUGCAAAUGAAUUUCCAUGCCUUCUAUCUUUAUACUUAAAUUCUUUGUGGAAUUCUGUAAUAAAAUACUACUCAAUUAAAGAGCUGUUUAUUUUGAUUU